AUGAUUAAAAUAGAUACUGAAAUUAAUAAAUUUUUAGAUUAAUUAUUUUAAGAAAAAAAAGUGAAAGAAGAAAGAGAAGGAAAAAUAUUCAGAAUAAUAGAAGUUGUAUAUAAUAAAAUAUUUCAAUUAAAAGAAGAGAAAAAAGAAGCUAAUUCAGAAGUGUUAUAAUGA